AUGCCUAGAAGGAAAAAGUCUUGCUUGGCUCGUAAACAAAAAUAUCAUUACAGGAAGAAAAAUCAACCUUUAAGUCCUGAUCAUGAAGAACACCCAUACAACAAACCGACACCCACGCAAAAUAAUACAGGAAAGGAAAGUACUUUUUGGAUUGGAUUGCCCCAUAUUUAUAAAACUGUUGAUGACAUUGCUAAACUUUUCCGGAAACUUGAACAGUGGAAUGUUUGUAUGGGCAAUUAUGAAAGUGAUCUUAUUGACAUUUUGCCCUUUAAUAUGACAUCCACGUCAGCAUAUCGUGAGUGUGACAUGGGAGCCUUUGAAGGUGAUAUAAAAUAUACAUCAACUGUUCGGUCUGUCCAAUGUGAAUUUCUUGUGUCAAGUGGAUUAAGAUUGACAAAAGAGUGUAGCCUAUAA